AUGAUUAAUGAACUUGAUUAUGUAACAUUUGAUUUAUUUCAGAAUUUUCUACAACAGUUCCGAUUAUUAAGUUUACAUGAAUAUCAAAGUAAAAAUUUAUUAAAGAAAUAUGGCUGCUGCGUUCAGCAAUAUAUACUGGCUAAAAGUAGGGAAGAAGGUGAAAAAUUAUUAAAUUUCGAGACAGGAUCGUCUUACGUUGUAAAGGCACAAGUUUUGGUCGGUGGUCGAGGCAAAGGCAGAUUUAUUGGAGGCAGAAAGGAUUUAGGCGGUGUGUUCUUCACGAAAGACAAAAAUGCUGCAUUACAAGCUAUUGAUGAAAUGAUCGGCAAACGUCUUGUUACUAAGCAAACAGAUGAUAAUGGCGUUCUUGUUAAAAAAGUAAUGGUUGCGAAAGGGAUUGAAUUUAGCCGAGAAACUUAUUUGGCCAUAUUACUGGACCAAGAAUUUAACGGGCCAGUUAUAAUAUCAAGUUCAAUUGGUGGAGUGGGUAUAGAAGAAUUAGCUGAAUCAAAUCCUGGAUGUAUACAUAAAGAACCUGUUAAUAUUCUUAAUGGAGUGACUGCAGAACAAUGCAAACGAAUUGCUGCCAAUCUUAAAUUUAAAGGAAAAACAGCUGAUUUGGUUGCUGUCCAAAUUCAAAGUCUUUAUCAACUUUUUGUUAAUACUGAUGCCACACAAAUAGAAAUCAAUCCUUUUGCAGAAGGUUUGGAUGGAUCGGUUUGUUGUCUGGAUGCGAAAUUAACUUUUGAUGAUAGUGCAGCAUUUCGACAAAAGGAAAUUUUCGCAUUGGUCGAUGAAUCUUUUGAGGACAAACGAGAACUUGAAGCUAAAAGGCACAACUUAAAUUACGUUUCCAUGGAAGGAAACAUUGCUUGCUUAGUUAAUGGUGCUGGAUUGGCAAUGGCAACGAUGGAUAUAAUAAAACUUUAUGGUGGUUCACCAGCUAAUUUCUUGGAUGUCGGUGGUUCAGUCCAGGAAGAACAAGUUUCAGCUGCAAUAAACAUUUUCUCCUCAGAUCCUAAAAUUAAAGCCAUAUUAGUGAAUAUAUUUGGUGGUAUUGUAAAUUGUGCAACAAUUGCAAAAGGUGUAAUAAAUGCUUGUAAAAAGAUUUCCUUGAAAGUACCACUUAUUGUGCGAUUAGAAGGUACAAAUGUCGAUCAUGCUCGUGAUUUACUGAAUAAAAGUAAUUUGCCCAUUAUUGCUGCUGAGGAUUUGGAUGAUGCAGCAAAAAUAGCAGUGAAUUCCGUAUCUUAA